GGAAAAGUUAAACUCAGAAACAUCAGCUAGGCUGAUGAGGAAGGAAAAAGCCAAACCGCAGAACAAAUUCUGUGCUGAUUGAGAUACUAUUGGACCUGAAUGGAUUUCGAUCAAGUUCGGUACAUUCAUAUGCAUCAGAUGUGCAGGAGUACAUCGAGAAUUAGGAACUGACUAUACUUUUGUGCAGUCUGCAGUACUGGAUAGGCUCAAGCUUCAUGUUGUUGAACAAUACCAAAUUUUAGACAAUGAGAUCAUGAACACCUACUACGAACACACCCUCCCUCCAAACCUCAAGCCCAAAAUAUCUUCCAAAAUCUCCACAAUUAAGAAAUUCAUCAAGAACAAGUACAUUCUCAACCUAUGGACUUCUGAAGGUGCCCAGAAUCCGGUGGAGGCAGUACAGAAUGGAGAAUAUAGGAAGGAUAUGAGGAAGAGUACUAAUAGGGGGAAGAAGGAGAUGAAGGAGGUGAAGGGGAGUAGGAAGAAGGGGAAGAAGAGAGGAGGUAAGAGAAAGAAAUCAGAAGAACGAUCAGAUUUAAUAAAUUGUGAUAAGAAAGAACAAUGAGAUAAAACUCAGCAAGUAAAGAAGGAAAAUAGAACUCAUACUCUGGAGCAAGAAGAUGAUUUCAGUGAGUUCGUUGAGCCCCAAAAAGAGUCUACAGAACACAAAAAUGAAUUAUUUGCUGAUAUUGAUAUUAACUCUAUACCAUUCGAACCCUCAGGUACUAACAACGAUCCUUUUGCAACCCCUUCAAAAAGCACUAUGGAAACCCAUCUAGCACAUCUAUACCACCAAUCUUCCCUAACCCACGACCCAAACAACAAAUACGCUGCUUUAGAACACUUCUGAGCCCCUCCCCCCACCAUCUUCGCAGGAAUGACUAUUUCCCCACCCCACAUCUCCCCAACACCUUACUACCAAAGCAUCCUUCCUUCUCUCUCAGGUGCCAAAUCCAGCCAAGCGGCUCCAUCGAAGCUUCAGCAGAUUCCUAACUCUGCAGCCCAGAGCUUGGCGAAGCAAGCUCCUCCAGCUGGCUCAGCUGGGAAGGCCACUGAUGCCUUCAGUGGCCUGGUCGCUCAGCAGUGGUGAGUCUAGACCGAAGCCUGUGGUAAAGGGUAAAAUUAGUUAAGAUUUCAGUCGU